AUGACGUCCGUCAAGCAGGACCUGCCCAUUCGCCAGGGCACUGGCCUUACGUCCGUCACCAGCGCCGGCGACGAGGCUGUUCCCGAUGCCGACCCGACCAGCACGGCCGGCCUGCUGGCUGAGCGCAUCCAGGCAUGGAAGCACAUCUGCGGCAACCUCGAGGAUUAUAUCGGAGCUGUCGAGAAGCUGCACAAGGAAUCGGCGGGCCAAUACGAGAAGGUCCUCAAGACCAUCUCGAAGCCCCUGCGUGAAGGCCAGCACUUCGACUCUCAACUCGGCGGCAUCAACGGCUUCUUCGACAACAUGCGUGCCAACACGCAGGCCCUGAUCAACACCAACCUGGAGACCGAGAAGAACCUCAAGGGCUCCGUCCUACCAAUGCUCGAGCGCCUGCACAAGGAGAUCAAGGCCAAGGCCAAGGAGCUGGCCCAGGGCGCACAAAAGGGCGCCAAGGAGGUCGAGAAGGCCCGUCAAAACACCCAGAAACAUAUCGAGCUGCUGGGCCAGCAGACGGCCUCCUUCGAGGCCACCGGCGGCAAGAUGGAUGCCACCCAGGACCCUUACGUUGUCCAGCGUGGCGUUCUCCACCGCCUGAACAAACAGGUUGUCGAGGAGAACAACCACCGCAACGACCUCAUUUCCGUCCAGACCAACUUUGAGACGUUCGAGGCCCAUGUCAUCGAGGUCCUGCAGCAGGCCAUGGAGGCCUUCAACAUGUUCGCCGGCGGCCAGGCGAACCGCGUCAGCUCUCUCUAUGGCGACAUGCUGGGCGCCAUCCAGCGUGUUCCUCUAGACAUGGAGUGGAAGAGCUUCAACCAGCGCUUCAGUGAUAUCCUCAUCGACCGCAACGAGCCGGCCCGCACCGUCGAGUCCAUCUCCUUCCCCAACCAGGACCACCAGAGCACCCACGCCGUCAUCGAGGGCAGCCUCGAGCGCAAGAGCCGCAACAAGCUCAGCUUCGGCACCAGCACCGGCUACUAUGUCGUCAGCCCCUCGCGCUUCCUGCACGAGUUCAAGGACUCUGACAAUGUCCGCAAGGACCCCGUCCCCGAAAUGAGUAUCUACCUGCCCGACGCCGUCAUCGGCUCGCCCAACGGCGACAAGUUCACCAUCAAGGGCAAGGAUCGCAGCAAGUCCAUGGGCAGCCGUCUGGCCGGUACCUCGGAGCUGCAGUUCAAGGCCCACAGCCCGGCCGACGCUGAGAAGUGGUACUACAUCAUCCUGGAUGUCGCCGGUUCUGCACACGCCAGCCACGCCGAAUCCGCCGCGUCUCCAAUCUCGCCCAUUGCUGCGUCGCCGGCGGGUAGCGCCAAGGCCAACGAGCUCGCGUCACCAGCUUCGCCCACGGCUGCCUUGUCCAAGUCGCCGGCGUCCAACAUCGCUGGCGUCUCGCCGUCGCCUUCACCCGGCCCCACCUCGCCUGCACUGGCCUCUCCCGUCAUCACCUCUCCCGUGACAGCCGGCACGAGCACCGCCGUCGGCUUCUCACCAGACACAAAGGGUGCUGACGUGGCCCACGAGGCGCAGGAGGCGGGCGUCACGCCGACAGCAGCAGCAGCGCCCUCGACCAAGGCUGCUGAGGCGGGCGUGGCACCAGCACAGACCAAGACGCUGGCUUAG